CUACCAACCUACAUUUAUAUUGUACCCUACACAAGUUAUAUUACAUAUUACUUUACGCCAUUGAGUGCCAUUAUAAGACAAGAUAAGUUACGGAAAAGAGAAAAUGUUUCAUAAAUUCAAUGCAUUUACUGGUUCUAUACAAAAAGCUACUCAAUUACAAGCUCUUUAUCCAUUGUCUCCACGGCCAUUAGAAAAAAUGCAGCUACCAAAGAUACUUGAUUCUAUCAAAACUCAAGUAGCACGCACAGAAAAACUUCAAAAAUCAAAUUACUCAACAGCAGAUCCAAGAAUAGUACGACUGCAAAAAGAAUUUCAAGUUGACUUGGAAAGGCCAGUAUACAUUUAUCGUGGAACGAAGGAUAAGAUUAUAUUUGGUAUUAUGUGUGUAUGGACUACUUUAGGUUGUCUAACGAGCAUAUAUGCCAUGUACAAACUCAAACAAAAAUUUUAAUGUAUAUAAGAAUAUAGUAUGUUAUAGUGUUAAUAUAUUUAGGAAGCUUCAUAAAUUAUUUAGAAGACAUUAUUAUAAAUAAAUGAUUAAAUAUCAAU